AUGGAUCCAUUGUCGACCCUCAGCCGUGGUUUUGGCUACGUGAAUUUCACCACGAUGGAAGCCGUAGCCGUAUCAAUCGAUUUGCUAAACGGAUUGAUUAUUAAAGGAACUGGAGCUAUGCAGGCCAAUGCAAACGUCCCGAAUUGCCUCUAUAUCGGUAAUAUUCCGAAAAGCAAGGAUAAAGACGACAUUAAGACGGAAUUCAGCAUAGUAUCAGGAGGCAUAUCCGCUGCUUUUGCAAAACAACAGCUAAAUAAUGGCACAAUCAAAGUUUUUGGUUCCGACAUAAUCUUCGAUUGGGCCGAUUCCAAUGAAGCCAAAAUGCACAAGAUCGUUGACGGCGUGGGUUCGCAAGCAGAGCGAAAAACAAAAAUCUAUUCAUCAUCAAAGAUAAAAGUACUCCAUGUCGGAAAUAUUUCGAAAAAGCAAAGCAGCAUGGAACGUAUAAAAGAAUUGUUCGGAGAGCACGGCCCCAUUCAGCUGGUCGAAAAGUUUGAAGACUACGCUUUCGUUCAUUACGAGAACAGGGACGAUGCCGCGAAGGCAGUAGAAGCUCUACAUGGUCACACAGUCGACGGGGCGAGUUUGGCCGUGUCCUUUAAGUAA